AUGCCUCGAACACCUUCCCACCGAAAUUUAUUUCCCACAAGCAGCGGAGGAUCCUCCGCUGCAGCUCCUAGUGGAUCUAGUAGAUCCACUAGUCGCAAAUCACCACCACCACCACCUCCCCGUGAUCAGAGCAAAGAAAGACUGGGUGUUAAUCUAAAGAUGGUAGAGGUAGAGGAGGUGGAGAAAAGCGCGAUGUUAGUGAAGUUGUCGAAGAUUGAGGGCAGUGAGGGAGGACCGUGGGAGUUGCCGGCGGUGUAUGUUGGUGGGAAGCUGUUGGGAGGUGUUGAUAAAGUAAUGGAGGCUCAUGUUAAGGGAGAAUUUGUUCCCAUGCUUAGGGCAGCUGGAGCCUUAUGGCUUUGA